AUGAGCGAUUCGCAGCAAGGUGGAAGCCAACAACAGCAAACGCAGGUCCCGAAGGAGAGGACCCGAUGGGCUUUGGCGUUGUUCCUCCCCAGCCACGCGGAGAUGGAUGACGUACUGGCAGACAUUUUUGGAGCUCUCUCCGCCGACGAGCAACGGGAAAACACGAUCUGGAUCUGCAGUCGUGCUGGGAUGCCGCAGCGAUCGACGCAUCCUAUCCAUCUCGUAGAUGCACCACCAGUUCCCAUGAGUGACGCCGACGUGGAACGGCGCCUUACAGGAGCUUCUCGCGCAUCUCGUGCUGUCCGCCACAUCUCCCAGCGCAUGCGGUCUAAGCCAGAGUCAACCUUCGCUCCCUCAGACAUCUUGCCCGAAGACGGCUAUACACCAUACCCCAAACGACCCGAGAGCGACUUCCGCCCAUCCUACGAGGACAACCCAGAGCAGAUCUUCGGAGCCCCGGCAGAACCAAUGUCUGCUAAUGGCUCAGUCAGUCCACCGAGUGUCUUUGACGCUCCAGACGGACGACAAGAGUAUGGGACGGAAGCUACGACGCAGGCAUCUGAUGAGCCUGGCGACUACGAUUUGAAGCCUCCACCACCGAACAAAUCGCAUGCGAACGUUGAGGAGCUCGGCAUACGGUUCUUCUCAAACGACCACCUCGACCACAUCGUACGCGACCAAAAUUCCGGCCAACGAUUUGUGCAGUUUCUUGAGCAAUUCCGGCCUCAGUACUCCACCCAACUCCAACACUACAUUCAAGCGCGCAAAGCAAUGACCGCGAUCGAGUACGCCAAUUCAAUCGCAGAUAAUAUUCCUGCUGGUCGCGGCGAGCUCCCAUAUGUGGCUGCUUCGGUUGACGAGGCCUUCGAUGCAAAGUCAAAAGCAAUGGCAGAGGAUCUGGUCGAGGAAGCGCUGCCAGCGUAUUUGACACACCGUUUGACGUCAGUGGUGACGGAGACUCUGGUCAAGACAAUCACGGGCAACAGCAUACCAGCGAUGCAAGACCUGAUACCCAAUCUGGCCGAAGUGUACUGUAUUACGGAUCCUGCUUUACCUGACAAUCCGAUUGUAUAUGCUUCAGAUGAGUUCUACAACACCACACAAUACGGUCGAGACUAUGUGAUCGGCCGCAACUGUCGAUUCCUCCAAGGCCCACGAACCUCCGAAGCGACAGUCCGAAGAAUGGCAGAAGCACUAUCAGCGGGAGAAGAGCUUUGCGAGACAAUACUCAAUUAUAGAAGAGAUGGCACACCUUUCAUGAACCUCCUCCUACUCUCCCCAAUGUACGACAACAAAGGCGAAGUGCGGUACUACCUGGGCUGCCAAAUCGACGUCUCUCCACUUAUAGAAGCGGGCAAAGGACUGGAUUCCUUCUCACAGCUCCUCGCUCAAGAUCGCGCGAACAGCAGAUCCCAGUCGAACGAGAUGAAGGACCCGAUGAACCUGCUCAGCGAACUUGGCCAGAUGCUGUCUGAUACAGAGACCGACUUCGUCUCAAGCAAGAUCCGCAGAAGCAAUAGCAGACCGUCAUCCGGCCACUCCACACCCGCCCGCGAACCCCAGCAACAGCAGCAGCAAAGACGACCCAACAACCGCCGCAUCCUCAGCAUGGACGACUCGGAGGGCCAACGUCCCAUGGGCGCACUAUGGCCUGACGCCAACCUCGGCCGCUCUGGACGACUACCAGGCGUCUACCGCAACUACCUCCUCGUCCGCCCUUACCCCUCCCUCCGAAUCACCUUCACUUCCCCGACCCUCCGCAUCCCCGGUCUCCUGCAGACGAAACUGCUCGACCGUAUCGGCGGGCCCGAGCACCUCAAGUCCGGCAUCCUGGACGCCUUUCGCAGUGGGAAUGGCGUUACUGCGAAGGUGCCUUGGCUCGCUACCACCUCCUCGUCCCCAAGAAGUCCUACCGCGCGAAGCGGCGAAGGCAAUGGGAAGCCGCGCUGGAUCCAUUGUACGCCGCUUGUGGGAAGCGACGAGAAGGUGGGCGUGUGGAUGGUCGUCCUAGUCGAAAACGAAGAAGUCACCGGUCUCCUCAACCGGCAAGGCAGCGGCGCCAGCGCCAGUCGAGGCGGAGACGUAAGCAGGGGCACGAGCAGGGCUGUCCACAGUGGUGCGCAGCAAGACGCUGAGAUUGAACUUGGACCUGUGGAUGGCAAUGGGAGGACGGACUCAACCAAUGCGAUGUAUGCGGAUUACUUGCGAGGGAGCAAGGAGGGGACACGACCGGGGACGGCGGGGACGGGGGCGACGAGGGUGUCGAAGAUGAAGCAGCGGGAGGUUGAUGGUCAUUUUAGGGAUUUCUGA